CCCUUCCUCACCCCAGGAGCCUCAGAAGACCCUACCGGCCAGAUCUCCUCCUGCAGUGGCUCUCCACAGGAUGAAGGUCUCCGUGGCUGCCUUCUCCUUCCUCCUCCUCCUCCUCUGUACCACCGCCCCAGGGGCCAGAGCUAAAUCCUCCUCACGAGGACCUUACCACCCCGCCGAGUGCUGCUUCACCUACAUUACCCACGAGCUCCCGCGUUACCGCAUUACGGAUUAUUAUGAGACCAGCAGCCAGUGCUCCAAGCCUGGAAUUGUCUUCAUCACCAAAAAGGGCCAUUACAUCUGUAGCAACCCCAGUGACGACUGGGUCCAGGACUACAUCAAGGACAUGGAGGAGAACUGAGUGACCCGGAGGUAGUGGAGAAGGCGCAGCUCGGAGAUCUAAAGAGAAGAGGCCGAGGCCCCUCUCCUGCCCCCGGCUCGCAGCCCCGCCCACCCCCUGCA